AUGCCACUUGAAGAAAAUGAAUUUUCCUCCAUUAUUUCCCGAGAUAUUGCCUGUCAAUUGACCGGGGAUGCUUCCAAGUACCAGAACAAUCCGACGUUAGAAGUUGCGUGGGCUUGCAAUGCAGCAGAACGAGCCAGUAUUCAUAUGAAUCUCUUGCUUUCUUGUGACACAAGAAAUCUUUCCUUACACAAGCAUUCUAGAAUGGUUUAUGAUCACUUUCGGUCACUGUUUCCAGAUAUGAAUGUUAAAACGGUGGCGGAAAAGGAACUUAAGAAUGAGAAUAAGAAAAAGUGGUUUGAGUUCUGUGAAAAUUUGAAAGAUACCAUUGAAGAAUAUAACCUUGGGACGUUAUUAAGGAUUCGUGCAAACGGAGUAUACAGUGAGGAGAAUACCAUCGUCGUUCCAAAAGUCAUAUAUUUAGCGAUUGAGGCAGCACGAAACUUCGAAGGGAUUAAUGAAGAGGCUAAGGAACAUUACACAGAGGAACAUGAAAAAGUUAGUCGAGAAGGAGGAAAUAUUUGUUGA